AUGCCAGUUCUGCUACCCCAUUUUUCUUCAGUGAAGCAGCCAAACAGCAGACACAGAGAAGCCAAUGAAGAAGCCAAACAGCAGAUCUUUGUGAAGACCCUGAUGGGCAAGACUAUCACUCCUGAGGUCAAGCUCAGUGUCACCACUGAGAAUGUCAAAGCCAAAAUCAAAGACACUGAGGACAUCCUGCCCCACCAAACAGGGUCUGACUCUUGCAGACAAACAGCUGAGGGUGGCCUUACUCUCUCAGACUAUAAUAUCCAGAAAGAAUCCACCCUACACUUGGUGCUUCACCUGCAGGGUGGUAUCAUCAAGUCUUCCCUCUGCCAGCUUUCCCAGAAGUACAAUUGUGACAAAAUGAUCUGCUGCAAGUGUUAUGCUCACCUGCACACCAGUGCUGUCAACUGCCACAAGAAGAAGUAUGGCCAAACGAACAACCUGUGCCCCAAGAAGAAGGUCAGAUACAUCCUCUCCACUGGCUCUUUUUUUGCCCACAGGGUUGUCCCCUGCCUAAGCCCCACCCUGGAGCCUCAGUAA